UAUUUGUGUCAUUUAUGCGGACAGACCGAUGGGAACGCGAGUUUCCUGCGGGCGGCCAGAGCUGGCAAUUUGGACAAAGUGUUGGAGUAUCUGAAGGGCAGUAUAGACAUCAACACCAGUAAUGCCAACGGUCUGAACGCCCUUCACUUGGCCUCAAAGGAGGGACACGUGUCGGUCGUCACCGAACUCCUCAAGAGGGGCGCCAAUGUGAACGCAGCCACUAAAGUGAGAUCCCUGUCCAUCGCAUAUCAUUCAUAUGAAUAA